AUUAACUGACAUUAACUAUCUAUGACAUUAACCAAUUUGUUAAUGGAUGUAUGGUUAAUAGUGAAAUGGUUAUAAUUUCAAUAAUAAAUGGAGUUUUUAUUCGAAGACAAACCUAUUAAAAAUGAAGAAAAGAAAACUGAAGAAAACAUUAAAUCUCCGUCAAAAAAUGAUAGCGGUCGCGAAUGGGGUUACGAUUUAUAUCCGGAACGAAGGGGCAAGGUGUCCCAUAGUUUAAUGGAAAUUAUUUUCCAAGGUAAAGGCACAGAAGAUGUAGACAAAAUAAAAUGUGAAAGGAACGUAUAUAAAUGCAUUAAACAAAGCCCAUUAGUAAAAUUAAUGUUAGCAGCUCUAAAAAGUUCAGGGUGUACAGUUGACAUCCGAAGGCAUAUUGCUUGUGAAGAAUGCGACAUAAAAGUGAGUGGAGGCUACGACCCUGUAUUAAAUCAAGUUAUUGUUUGUCAAAAUGUUGCGAAAAAAGAAAGUAUAGUUCAAGGGGUACUUACUCAUGAAUUUAUUCAUAUGUUUGACUAUUGCCAGAAUAAGUUAGAUUUUAAAAAUUUAGACCAUCUAGCAUGCACUGAAAUCAGGGCAGCAAAUUUGGCACAUUGUAGCUUUGUUUCUGCCUUUUUACAAGGAGAUGCUUCAUUGUUUAAUAUCAAAGAAGCACACCAAAAUUGUGUUAAAACAAAAGCACUAGAGUCUGUUUUAGCAGUUAGAAAUGUUAGUAAAAACGAUGCAAUAGACGCUAUAGAACGAGUAUUUUCAAAAUGUUAUAACGAUUUAGAGCCCAUAGGAAGGCGAAUUAGACGAAACUCAGAAGACAUAUUUAAAGCUUUUAAAGAAGCCCCAUAUUAUGGAUAUGAUACUGAUUUAUAGCGAACACCAAAUAUAUUUAUUAGUUAACUUAUUGUUAUUAUAUGCAGAUAAUUAGUAAAUGAAUUGUUAAGAAUUGAUCAUUUUUAUCAUGUUUUC